CGGAAGCGCUGUUCCUAAAAGAAUGCGUUACGGCUUAAGUAUAAUUUAUACUGUAACUGAUCUGGUUAGGCACCGACCAGAUUUUCAUAUCAUUAAAUCUUCAAGGAAGUCUAAUCUAUGUCUGCAUACUUAUAAAAUCGAGGGUUUCUAGAAAAGACAAAAUUAUCUUGAUAUAUUAUCUUAUUUGUCCAGACACACACACAUUCAUACAUAAUUACAUACUUAGUCUUUCCAUAUUUUACUUAAAACACUUUAGCUAGAUUUUAGAUAUAUUUUAGGUGGUGCAAAAGAGGAGGCGCCGAAAAGCAGAUUCAUAAAGAACUUAUAAUAUUAUUUGCUUUCGGCUCUCACCUAUUUUGCUUUUUUUUCGUUAAUUUUUUUUUCAGUAUAUUAAUAUGUUUAUUUUCUAAUUUAUUUCAUAUCAAUUAUACAUAAGUAUAAAUAUUUUAUUCAAAACAGAGCGAGAGAGUAAUUUAAUUAAUUAAUUGUUUAUUUAAAGUUUCUGUUUUGUUUGUUUCUAUUUCAAAUAUUCUGAAAAAUAAGAGCAAUUAUUUUAACUUGUCAUAUUUUUCUUCCUGUUAUCAUCACCAUAGAUAGAAUAAUAUUAUUCCCCAACUAUUAUUUGAUAUCCGUCUAGACUGCAUAUCUUGUUACAGUUAUUACAAAUUUUUAUUGUAUUUGAAAAGGAAGACUAUUUAUACACUUUCUGUCACUUUUUUUCUUAUUCUCCUCGUUGUUAUUGUAAUUCCAUUUUAUUGGAUUCUCUGUUUGUUCUUAGUUUUUUGUUGCUGAUGUUUUCAUCUGUGUUACCAUAUCAUUAUAGUUUUUUUGGAAUUAUUUAACUUUUACUUCAUGGGUCGCAAAAAAAUACUCAUCAAGAAGAUUGCUGACGAACGAAAUCGUCAGGUUACAUUUACAAAGCGUAAAUUGGGUUUGAUGAAGAAAGCAUACGAGUUGAGUAUACUGUGUGAUUGUGAAAUAGCUUUAAUUGUAUUUACGAGUUCACAAAAGUUGUUUCAAUAUGCUAGUUCAGAUAUGGACAAAAUUUUAUUACGAUAUACUGAAUUCAAUGAACCACAUGAAUCAAAAACCAAUAGAGAUAUAGCAGAAUUGAUCAACCGUAAAGAGGGCAAAUUUUCUUACUUAUCGGAUGGUGAUGCAGUCAGUAAUAAUAAUGAUCCGUUCUUCUCAAAUACAACUGAUCAGUUAAGUGAAGCUGAUGCUUCUAUACGAACUGGAACUAAAACACCGAUUACUUCAUCUGUUUCAAUGGCAUUGGAAUUCCCUGGAUCAAUAUCAGACAUACCAAAACAUAUUCCUGGUAUUACACAUUCUGUUACACCUGAGAGUAUAACUGACCAACAUAUGAAUGCUACACACGCGCCAAGUUCAUCAAUGCAUUUUACUACAUCUACUGAACGAGAAAAGAAAACUGAGAAUUUGAUUUAUCACGAACAAGAUACUACUAGUGGAGUAGUAGUAGGUGAAUCUCGUGUUAAUGAGUUAUGUCGAGAGAUUAUAUUAGAUGAUGAAACAAACCAACCUUUCAAUUCAGAUCUACGUUCUAGUUCUAGAAAUCAUAUCCCUCAAAUACAUUUCGGAUCUCAAGAGUUUUCAACUCAUAAUCGUGGAUCGUAUUUAAUAGAUCCUAAUAUGAAACCUAUUGUAUCAGGUGAUCAUUUAAGUUCAUUUCGUUCGGAAAAUGUUCAAAAUUUUCGAAGUGAAGUUCAAGAUUGUUUUAAUAAUAAUCUUUUGUCUGCACUAUCAAUUAGCAAUCAAAAUACAGAUAAUUUCGCUAAUCGCUCAACUACCAAUGCACAUUUAAGUCCUGGUUCUUUUUCAGAACCAUCAAGUUAUGCAACACAGCGUUCUUCACUUACUUCAUCGAGACGUAUUAAAAGGCCUGUUUUUGAACCUUAUGAUGAAUAUUUUUAUCCCAAAACUUCUCCAAAUAUAGAAUCGAGAUCGCGUUCCCCUAUUCUACCUUUGAAACAAACAACUGUUUCACCCCCCACUAGCUAUUGUGAUUCGAAUCGUCUAACACAUCUGCCACCCAGCAAGCAUUUAAAUAUAACAUCAUGGGAAGGCAAUCAAACAUCCUCAAUAGCAGAUUCAAGCAGACCUAAUCAAUCAGAACUAUAUAACAAUUCCUUUAAUUUAUCCUCAACAUCACCAUCCAAUAGGCAGUUAUUAUCCGGUUCAUAUGAUCGUAACCUUUCUUCAUGCUCUAAUCUCAAGUGUAAAGAUGACCCAUAUAGUACUCUUAUAAGGGAUACACAGAAUUUAUCUCAUAAUUUACAAACUUCAUCCAGUACUCUGUCUAUGCAGGAGAGAUUUAGUCAUUUUCCUGUUAUUCAUGAGUCUAUAACCUCAUUAAAUUCGUGUAAGAUACAACAGCAACCACCACAACAACUUCAGAAUCCUUCAACUAUUCUGGAUGAUGAAAUGUGCAUUUCAAAUUUCAGCCCGUUUCAUUUUAUGUCCAAUACAUUGAAUGAUGUCAUUAAUAAUAAUCCAUCAAGUUCGAGUAAUACACAAAAUCUAAAUGAUAAUACCAAUAGUAAUGAAAAUCGAUCCCCUAAAUUCACUCAUACAACGACUAAUAAUAGUAGUAGCAAGAAUGAUAGUAUUAAUAACAAUAAUCAUAUAAUUACAAGCGGUGUUGGUAGUAUACCGUUAAACCAAAGAUCAUUUAAACCAGAUCAGUUCAUUGAGUCUGUACCUAGUCCUGAAUUAUUACUAUUUCUUUCAUCCAAUAAUAAUAGUAAUAAUAAUAAUUUAAAAAUAAAUACAGCAACAGCGCCUAUGACAACAACAAUUUCAGAUUUAACCCAUCCUUCUUAUGAUUUACAGUCAUAUUCUUCAUCAAAGAUGUGUGUACGCACAAAUAAGUCAAAAAUGCAUUUCCCAGAUCCCAGCGGGGGAAGAAAUCAGGAAGAAUCGCUGGAAGUGGAUAGGACACACAUUGAGGAAAGCACCCAACUGCGUCACAAGGCAAGCCCUCACAUGGAAUCCUCAAGGCCAAAGGAAAAGAGGAAGACCAAAGAACACACUAGGCCGAGAAAUAAAGGCAGACAUGAGAAAAAUGAACAAUAAUUGGAUAGAACUGGAAACGAAGGCUCAGGAUAGAGUGGGUUGGAGAAUGCAGGUCGGUGGCCUAUAUUUCAUUGGGAGUAACAGGCGUAAGUAAGUAAGUAAGUAAGUCUUUCACACUUGGUGAACAUCAUAUCAAAAUAAGAGAAAGCUUUCUCUGUUUUAUAUCAAGUUCCAAAAUAUCUACCUCAAGGAGCUAGAUUAUGAUUGCUCUACAUAGCCGAAGCCAUCUGGAUCAACUUCAGAAAACCAAACUUAUGUAUCCCGAAAAAGUAUAUCCAGCCUCUAUGUUUACCCUGGCCCACGACUGGAUCACCGGAUAUCUAAACUGAAUAUUAUAGACAUCUUACCGCCUCUUUUUUGAUUACCUUUAUCUUAAUCUUCACAUCCAUCAUUCUCAAAUCGUUUAUGGUAAUUACCUUGAUAACACCCCCCCCCUUAUUACAUAUUAUAUUCACACAACAAUAUUAUUAUUAUUAUCUCAAUUGACAAGAUGCAAUUCUCCUGCUAUGCAUUUUAUUCACACAAUUUUUUUUUUGCAUUUUCAUUUUUGCUAUAAUACUAUUCUACUUAUUGUGAAUGGACACUUUACUCCAAAUCAUUCUGACCUUUAUUGAAUGACCUAAUUUGCAAAUAAUACAAUUUUGAAGUAUAUAUAUGUCGUAACAGAUGCAAACGUCCACCAUUUUUAACACAUGACAUUUUCAAAUUCAUUAAUACAUGCCUUAUUUUGGGCCUUUGUAAAAUAUAAUUAUGGACUUAUAACUGUAGAGCGUGAUGAUAAAGUUAUUGAAAACAAUUGUUCGCUCAAAUAUUCUUCAUUUUGAAUAUUCUAUGGGGAUUUUUAAGCUGAUUAGAUAACUGUUUAGCAAUAAUAAACUGAAUAUAACGCCUCAUGUCUAACUGGAUUUCUGUACAUCGGAUCAUCCAUUGGUACUGGGAAUUCUCAUAUUUAUAAAAUUAUCCAAGCACAAUUAACUAAUUCACUUCUAAUACAAGACUGUUAAGUUGAUAUAUGAACGCACAAAUAUAAUGUUGCUUACUCGUCUCGUAGACUGUUGAAGAAGUAUUGCGGAUAUCAGUAAAUCAGAAGGUACUUCAAUAGUUCAAGUUCGUUUUACUGUAUUUUGAAAAUUUUAUUUAUUUGUUCGUUCCUAUUGGAUCAUUUGUUUGCAUUUAAAAGUUAAUUCUUACAAAUCC